AUGAAGCCAGGGGUCAUCAGCCAUUCUCCAGACAUGGUCUCAGGACACGCCCUCCCGGAAGGUCAGGCCCCUCCCUUUGCCUCCGUCCUGGGCUGGAGAAGAAGCCUGUUGUUUCAGGAGCCAGUGACCUUUGAGGACGUCGCUGUGUACUUCACCCAGAACCAAUGGGCCAGCUUGGACUCUGCGCAGAGGGCCCUGUACAGGGAGGUGAUGCUGGAGAAUUACGCAAACAUAACCUCCUUGGCAUUUCCACUCCCCAAACCAGAUCUGAUCUUCUGGCUGGAGCGAGGGGAAGAACCAGGGUGCCUGGAUCCCUGGACACUGGUCGGGGGAGAGGACCUGAGAGGCAUCUGCAGAGGUGGUAAAGUCAAGACUGAGAACAGAGGGCAGACUACAGAGCUGAGCAUUUCGAAGGGACCAGAGUCUCACAAGUUGAUAAUGGAGGUGCCGCUGGUGGAUGUUCCCAGGCACCCUCACUUUGAGAACAGCUUAGAGAAGCUGCAGCUGUAUCACCCAGGGAAGAAAAAAUACUCAAAGAACGGCAGUUUCACAGAUUUGCCAGUCCAGGAUUAUCCAUCCUCCACUGCUGAAAGAGAAGAGACAGCCAGACAAUUGCAAGGAAGCUGUGGUGUCUGCAUGCAUCUCACUGCUAAGCAGGGCCUCCCUAGAGAACAGGUAUUUUAUAAUUGUGGUGAGUGCGGCAGAUAUUUCAACCAACAUUCAGACCUUCACCAGCAUCAGAGAAUUCACAUGGACGAAAAGCCCUACAAAUGCAAAGAAUGUGGCAAAGCCUUUAGAUGUAACUCAAAACUGUCACGGCACCAGAAGAUCCAUACUGGGGAGAAACCGUACCCUUGCCAGGAAUGUGGAAAAGCCUUCAGUCAAAACUCGCACCUCCUUCAGCAUCAGAAACUCCACAGGGGAGAGAAGCCCUACAAAUGUAAGGACUGUGGGAAAACCUUCGACUACAACUCGAAACUUAUCCGGCAUCAGCGAAUCCACACUGGGGAGAAACCCUUUAAGUGUAAGGAAUGUGGGAAGGCCUUCCGAUCAAAUUCAGUUCUGAUUCAGCAUCAGAGGAUCCACACCGGGGAGAAACCUUACAAAUGUCAAGAGUGCAGCAAGGCUUUCCGCCGGAGUUCUCUGUUUCUCCAGCACCAGAGGUUCCACACUGGGGAAAAGCUCUAUAAAUGUAACGAAUGUUGGAAAACUUUCAUUUGUAGCUCACGCUUUAUAGUACAUCAGAGAAUCCACACGGGGGAGAAACCUUAUGAAUGCCAGGAGUGUGGGAAGGCGUUCAACCAGAAAUUUACCCUGGUUCAGCACCAGCGAGUUCACACUGAGGAGAAACCUUAUGAGUGCAAGGAGUGUGGCAAAGCUUUCAAGUCCAGCUACGACUGUAUCGUACACGAGAAAAAUCACAUUGGUCAAGGACCCUAUGAAUGUAAGGAGUGUGGCAAAGGUCUGAGUUCCAACACUGCCUUGACCCAGCACCAGAGGAUCCACACGGGGGAGAAGCCCUACACAUGUAAGGAGUGUGGCAAGGCUUUCCGUCGGAGCGCCGCCUACCUGCAGCACCACAGGCUACACACGGGGGAGAAACUCUAUAAAUGUAAGGAGUGUUGGAAAGGCUUUGGGUGUAGGUCACUUUUUAUCGUCCACCAACGCAUCCACACUGGGGAGAAACCCUACCAGUGUAAGGAGUGUGGGAAGGCGUUCAGCCAGAAGAUCGCCUGCAUUCAGCAUCAGAGAGUUCACACCGGAGAGAAGCCCUAUGAGUGUAAGGUGUGUGGGAAAGCCUUCAAGUGGUACGGCAGCUUUGUUCAGCAUCAGAAAGUGCACCCCGUGGAGAAGAAGCCCAUCAAGGCUCUCGGGCCGCCCCUGCUGCGUCCCCAGGGCCCAUCUGCACCGUUAGCUCCCGGGUGUCUCCAGGGCCCUGGCUCUGCUCCUGCUGUGGCCGUGGCCUUGCCACACGCCGUCCUCAUUCCUGCCUCCGGGCCCGUGUUCAUGCUGCUGCCCGCCUCUGGGGUUCUUUCGUCCCCUGUCCAAGUAGUUCGUGUCUUCCAGGGUCUUCCUCCCGCUGUGAAGCCUUCCCCAGUUAUUCUGACCUCUUCUCCUCACCCUCCGUGA